AUGGCAAGGGUGCUCCAGUGUUCAAAGUUGACAUCCCGGCAGCAUGCAUUCCGUAAUGUUCCCGUGCACCCUGACGAUUGGUCUCUGCUCGGCAUGGUGUGGCAAGGUCACUACUACGUCGACAAGAUGCUUCCAUUUCAACUGCGAUUAUCGCCUGCAUUGUUCAACACCGUGGCUGAGCUGGUGUGCUGGAUUCUUCGCCAUAACUAUUCCAUUCACGACUUGGAGCACUAUCUCGAUGAUUACACCGGAGUCGCACCACCUAGCUCAUCUGUCCACUGCUCCACAGCAGCUAUUCAAAAAGCAACGUUUCUGCAGGUAUUUGACAACCUCGGCAUCCCAUUCGCCACUGGUGCAGAGAAGGCGGUUCGAACAGCAACGGUGGUGACAGUACUUGGCAUAGAAGUCGAUAGCAUUGAGCAGGUGAUGCGGCUACCUGACGAGAAGUUAUCUGUCAUGCUAGAGGCUUUGAAUGACUGGUCAACGCGCGCUAGCUGCACAAAACGGAAACUGCUGACGCUGAUAGGCACCCUGUCCUUUGCCGCCAAGGUGGUUUCACCUGGCAGGACCUUCAUCCGCCGCGUCAUCGGUUUAAGCUGCCCCGCUCCGUCUCUUCAGUCAGUCAUCCAUAUUGACACAGAAGCCCACUUGGACAUCGAAUGGUGGCGCUGCUUUGCUGCAAACGAGAACGGCAAAUUAUUCUUCCAUGAUGGCUAG